UACUAUUUGAAGUAACCAAAGUGGAAUAUAGUAACACUAAUAACAAUGGGUUGCAACAACUCAACACUGGAUCGGCUUCCAGCGGUGGCUCUGUGCCGCGACCGUUGCAGCUUCGUGGACCAAGCUCUCCGCCAUAGCUACGCCCUCGCAGAUGCACACGUGGCACACAUGCAUUCCCUCAACACUCUCGGCCUCACCCUCUCUCGCUUCUUCCAUCACUUUCAAUCCCAACACGAUGAAGAAAAUCAAUCCCACUUUCUCAACCCCACUCGUUACGACUCCUCGCCUUCGCCUCCGCGUUUUCGUUACGAGUUUGGGAGUUAUGCGCCCUCACCACCGCCUCCUGCAACCUCAACAUGGGAUUUCUUGAACGUCUUUGAAAACUUCGACAAGUACCACGUUCCUUGUAGUCCCAGACAUGAUGAGCAUGAAAACGAGAAGAAAAAUAAUAUUAACCAGGAAGAAGCAAAGGAACGUUGCACCAACUCGGCCUCGUCCAGAGAUUUAUCAGAUGCAAUGGAAGAGAUUCAGAAAAUGUUUGAGAGAGCAUCUAAGUCGGGUAACCCCAUUUUGGAAAUGCUCCGCGUUGGCAAACUCCGUUACCAUCCUAAUAUAGCCGUUAAUCCAGUUUCUUGUAAGAUGAUGCACGCCUUCACUCCCUCGAAGCACCUUAACUGCAUGGAUUCCUCGAGAAAGUAUCAAGGAGUUGACAUAGACAAGGGCCUCAGUUAUGAUGGGAAUCUUUGCUCUACUCUUAACAAGCUUUGUAUGUGGGAGAAGAAGCUUUAUGUUGAAGUCAAGGAUGGGGAGAAAUUGCGCGUACUUCACGAGAAGAAGUGCAGACAAUUGAGACGGAUGAAUAAAAAGGGUGCCGAUGCACACAAAAUUGAUUCUGUUGAAGCUUUGAUUGAGAUUCUAGCUACCAAAAUCAAAAUUUCUUUCCAGGUGGUUGACAAGAUAUCCAGCACUAUAUGUAAGUUGAUGGAAGAGGAGUUAUGGCCUCAGAUCAACAAGUUCAUUUUCAGGUUUCUUGAAAUGUGGAAAGAAAUGCUAGAAUGUUACAGAAGCCAAUAUAAGGAAAUUGCUGAAGCCAAAAGUGUAGAUGCCUCUUCAUUUAGCAGGAAGCCUAGUAAUUCUCAUCUUGAUGAAUUAAUUAAACUCAAAUCUGAGGUACAGAACUGGAACUUAAGCUUCUCAGAUUGGAUUUACACCCAAAAGGCCCAUGUGAAAGCCUUGAAUGGCUGGCUAGUAAGAUGUCUACCAUAUGAGCCUGAAGAAUUACUUGAUGGUACACCUCCCUUCUCUCCUGCAAGGAUUGGUGCACCUCCUGUGUUUGUGAUCUGUAACAAAUGGUCACGAGCCAUGGAUAUUCUCUCAGAGAAGGAUGUCAUUGAAGCUAUUAAUGGAUUUAUGCUCAAAGUGAAUGAGCUCUUGGAAAAGCAUAUUUCAGACCUUCAGCAAAACUUAACAUUGGACAAGGAAUUGGAGAGGAAAGUGAAAAUGUUGGAGAGGGAGGAGCAAAAGAUGCACAAAGUGGUUCAGGCUAGAGAAAGAAUGACUCCAAUUGGUAGAGAAAAUAAUAAUGCAGUGCAUCAUGGUGAUCUUGUUGAUAUAAUGAGUUUGCAAUCUGGUCUAAAACAUGUCUUUGCUACCAUGGAGAGGUUCAUUGCUACCAUCGCUUGUGUAUAUGAAGAUUUGUGCCAGCAAAUUGAGGAAGACAACCAUGUUUUGUGAGAGAUUAAAUACAUUCAUUAGUUUUAUACCAUUUAGAUCGGAUGAUUCAUUGUUUAUUGUAGAAUUCAACAACAUUCGUCAUUGAUUCAUUACUUUUAUUUACAUAAUAUCAUUUUUCCCCCGAAUUUUAUGUAUACAGAGCGCUAGAAAACAUUUGUUAAUUUAAUUAAAAGUAAUGUCUUUAAAUGUUGAAGUAAUGCAUUUGUGUCAUCCAGGGUUGGCACAAUUGAUUUAAGAUUUGGUUUG